AUGGCGACUGACUGGCAAGCUGGGUGUGUCAUACGCCAGCCAAGUCUGGAGAGUAUUGGGACUCACCAUUCGGACCGGGCUCUACAGAACACCUCUGGCAAUGCUCAGGCUUAUUCUGAUGGUUUGGCACAUAUCAAUGACGCCGUUGGCCGCGGAGAGCACUUCCAUCAGCUGGCGUUGAAGUAUCCCAACCCUCCUCACCACCAUCCUCCUCCCCCGGUGGGCGUCCAUACCCUUCACCACCAGCAGGCCCUGGCAGCUCGACUUCACGCAAAGAAGCUUCGAAGGCUGCAACCUGUUGGCCCGAACCUGGUUAUAAGCCGUCGAACCAAGAGCUACCUAAAGUCUCAGAAGUAUCUCGAAUAUAGAGCAAGACCUAGACGUGAUACUGGUAAAGAUGGAGAACCGGUGUGGUCAGAUGAACUUGAAGAUGCUUUCCAACAGGCCCUCGAAUCCAACCCACCCAUGGGCCGCCGAAAGUGGUCCGAACGAGGGAAGUCCUACGGCCGUAACGAAUUGAUCGCCGAGUAUAUCUACCGGUUGACUGGAAAGAGACGGACGAGAAAGCAGGUUUCCAGCCAUCUUCAGGUCCUGGAUUCUAUUCUCAAAGGCGAUCCAGACUGGGAAAGACUUGUACGAGAACAACCUACAGACCGAUCAAACAGCCAGUCCCAGACAAGCGGCCCCAAAUGGAGAACUUCGGCGGAGCCAGUCGCCUCCAGUCAUUACAGCGGUCAUGCCCAGCCUGCGUAUCGUGACCAGACAAGACCUUCCCAACCCUAUUCCGGGGAACUGCCCCCUGCACACAUGACAUUAGGCUCCAAUAUGCGUGGGCCUAGUGUGAGCUCGAAUAUCCAAGCGUUCAAUUUUGACAUGUGGGUGAACGUCCCGCAGCAGCAGGCAAAUCGCAUCGACAAGGCAUUCCACGUCUACACACGCCUCCAGGGAGAUCAGCAUCAUCCAGUGGCACCCCCGAAGCCGCUUGAAAAUCUCAUUGAUUGGCGAACCGACUUCCCACACCUUGCGUCGCUAGUCGAGGACAUCAAUGGCCCUCUAGACUGCGAUAUCAUUCUGCUCGAGGCCAACCUUGAGUUAAUGGCCGACUUCCCUCCCGCCGGUUCUAGGCUCGGCAUUCAGCUGGACCUUGACUUCGGGCAUCCCACUGCGGGUGACAUCCUCAUGGUGAGCCAGAUGGAAAACUGGACUUGCAGUACCCACAUCUACGAAGAUGGCCAGGAGAUUCUCGAAACCUACCACGAUCUCCAGAAGACAUCAUCGACCAAAGUCAAACCUCUCUUCGAAUCUUCGUGGUGGGCAAAGGUCUUCACACAGCUUACCCAAGAAAUACGCAUGGCCGAAGACUCAGGCCAACCCGAAGCUGUCCACGCCGCAGGCGAACACACGAGGCAGUUCUUCCGUUCUCUUACGGCUGUCCAAGAGUUACGGGCUACCCUUCCAGACCCCCGACGAGGCUCAACGCCAUACGCUAGUGGACACGGAGAUCAAAGCAAGCGGAUGGCCAUCCUUCUGUGGAAAUUCCGGCAGACUCGAGAAAACGAAGUCGGCACCACGACCUGGCGGAGACUCAUUCCGCCCCCGGACCGGACCACUACGAACAGCCCAAGACCCUCUAUGGGAAUCGACCUCCCUCCCCUCUCUCUUGAUUCAUUACUCUCCACCAAGCAACCACCUCCACCACUCUACCAGGCUCCGGUGCAGCAUCAUGAUCUGUUGCCACACACGGGAGCGUCCCAACCACACUGGCCGUUGUACCAGCAUCCCCAUGACAACGUAACCCAUCUCCUCAACUCCACGGGUCCGUUCGACUUUCUGAACUCGAUCAGUCGGGCAGAAGAUUCCUUGGCGGACAAAACGGCGGUCGCCUCGGUCCUGGAUUCUUUCCCCAAUUUGAACCAAGAGACCACUCAAUCUAGCAGCAGUAUCAGCGUGCCCAGCAGUGCACCGAUGAUACUCAACGUACAUGACCUGGGCUUGUCGCAGCCAAACCUUGGGUACUCUUUGAGUCAUGAUGGACAUUACGUCCCAUCCCAGCACCAUGGGGUCAGUCUCCACGACAGCACCAACGUACUGAACCUUCACUCUAUCUUCGGUCCCGACGCGCCUUCCAUUGAUGACAUCAGCGACACUCACGCGCCUCUCUGGGCUGCUGCUCAUACAGCUUCUAUCCACAACGACACCGUCGCCAGUCACUAUAACUCCCUCCCCUAUACAACCCCCGACCACCAGGUUCCGGUUUCCCGGGAAGCGCAUUCGGCCCACCCGCUCGAAACCUUCAUGCCCCCGGACGUUGACGUGAUCGAAAAGAUUGUGGGAAGUAUGCCUGGAGAUCAUGGCAUCCAUACACCUGCACCCAACCAUGCCACCUCCAACUACACGGAACCUCCUGCAGUUGAGCCGGUAUAA